AUGGCGCGUGGAGCAAGGAAAGCUAUUGCUGUCGGAGUUGCGGUGGCUGCUGCAUGCUGUCUCCAGCGGCACUUGACUUUUGUGCCUGGGCCUCGGCAUGCUGCUCCAGUGGCCGCAGCAGCAGCCAGCAUGAUGAUGGCUCCUGCGGCUUUUGCUGAUGAGAUCGGCGAUGCUGCAAAGAAGCUUGGGGAUGCUUCCUACUCUUUUGCCAAGGAAGUGGACUGGAACAAUGGCAUUUUCCUGCAGGCCCCUGGCAAGUUUCAGCCCUUGGAAGCUUUGAAAGCCAUUGACAAGAUGAUCGAAAUGGGGGCAGCCGCAGAUCCAAAGCUUCUGAAGGAGGCAGCAGAAGCACAUCACAAGGCCAUUGGGAGCAUCAGCGGGCCAAAUGGUGUGACUUCGCGCGCUGACUGGGAUGCCGUGAAUGCAGCCCUUGGCCGUGUAAUCGCUUCAGUCCCCAAAGCAAAGGUCAUGGCUGUUUAUGAUUCAGUGAAAGCCAUCACGGACCCCGGAGUGCCAGCUUACAUGAAGUCCUUGGUGAACGGACCCGAUGCCGAGAAGGCCUAUCAAGGAUUCCUGGAAUUCAAGGAUGUUGUUGAAAAGAACCAGGUGGCCACUGCCAGUGCUCCUGCAGUUGUGCCUUCCGGAGACAAAAUUGGUGAAGCUGCAAAAGCGUUGUCCGAUGCAUCCUAUCCUUUCAUCAAGGACAUCGAUUGGCUGUCGGACGUUUACCUGAAGCCCCUGCCCGGCAAGACUGCCCCAGAGACGCUGCAAGCCAUUGACAAGAUGAUCGUGAUGGGUGCCAAGAUGGAUGGCAACCUCUUGAAGGCAGCAGCAGAGGCACACCACAAGGCCAUUGGCAGUAUUGAUGCCACCGGCGUGACGUCCGCGGCCGACUACGAAGCUGUGAAUGCAGCCAUUGGGCGCUUGGUGGCAUCCGUGCCCAAGUCCACUGUGAUGGAUGUGUACAAUUCGAUGGCCAAGGUCGUUGAUUCCAGCGUCCCCAACAACAUGUUUUCAAAGGUGAAUCCAUUGGAUGCAGUGGCUGCUGCCAAGGGUUUCUACACCUUCAAAGAUGUUGUUGAGGCUUCCCAGACAGCCAUAGCUCGACGCUCCAGUGCUGUCUCACAUGAAGUGGUGCACGAGAUUGUGUUGGAGCAUUCCGAUAUUCAGGAAGCCUACCGAGUCUGCAACCUGUUUUGCGCACUCACAACGCCUGAAGGCAUAAUAGGUAAUGUUGAUGCUCCUGUGAUGAGCAGGCAGACAUUUUGCCAUUUGGCGUGUGCUGCGCAGGGGUUUGCUUCAGUUGACGGCAGUCAUCCCCGACUUUGUCGAGCAGCUCGACAUUUUGACAGCUUAGCGGAGGAGGUGUUGGUCAAAGGCAGUGCAACAACGACCUCUGGGAUCGUACUGCUGGACUGUCGGUCACCAGGGGUGGAGAAUACACCCAUGGCCCGACUCUUCUCCAAGAUUGUGCAGGACAUUGUCCCAGACUUUGAUCGAGGCCUUGACUUCGACGUGGUUGCGCAGCGAGGUCGGGCAGAGUUCCAAGCUCGUGAUCGGGUAUUUUUUAGGCUUUUGCCGCAGGCUGGAAAAUACGCUGCUAGUCGACUGGCGCAUAUCAACCAGCAAGCCAGCCACAUCAAGCAGUGGUUGGAGAAGAGAGAGGCAAAGCCAAAAGAUAUCAAGGAGCAGGAGUUGAAAGAGCUAAAGGAAGCCAAAGAGAGGGCGAAAGAGCUGCACCUGCAGGAUCGAUCUCGAUUGCUGCCUGUGGUACGGAACCAAGAGUGUCUACGGAACCAAGAGUGUCGCAACCGAAGGGUUGAAGAGGCAGAAGGAAAUGAUGAUAAGGAUUGA